UGCUGUAGAACACACUGUGAAAUAAACUCACUUCACACUAUAGAGAUUUUACAUUUUGUUGGAAUGGAAAAAGGGCCACUUCCUGUUUUUUUUAAAUGUCUCGUGACUAGUUGUUUGUGGUUCAGCAUUUUUAAAAUGCAGCUCAGAGGUUUUAUUUUCAAUGAGGCUUGGUUUUCCGGAGAGUGUCAUGUGAUUUUCAUGAGUGAUUCAUGUUUGGAACAAUAUGAGGGGGAGUUGAGCAAUAGAUAUCCAGGGUCAUUAUUCCGAAUCUUCCAUAGAAAUGGACCCUCAGGUGCCCAAAGACAAAUAUAAUGGCGUGUGGUUGAUUUUCUUCAUGUUGGGGUUAGGCACUCUGCUGCCGUGGAACUUCUUUAUGACUGCUACCAUGAAUUUCACGAGUCGUCUCGCAGACCCUCAGCCUUUGAGUGAAAGAAACUUCUCGGCCAAUCAGACUGAAGAAGACACACGGAGUGUUUUGCAAGCGAAAUUCAAUAAUGUGAUGACGUUGUGUGCUAUGAUUCCUCUGCUUGCGUUCACCUGCCUCAACUCGGUUCUUCACCAAAGAAUUCCUCAGAAGAUCAGAAUUGCAGGUAGUUUGACGGCGAUUAUGUUGCUAUUCUUGUUGACUGCCAUCCUGGUGAAAGUAGAUCUGGAACCGUUGCACUUCUUCGUGAUCACCAUGAUCAAAAUCAUCUGCAUUAACUCGUUUGGAGCUGUCCUGCAGGGAAGUCUCUUUGGAAUGGCCGGUCUCCUACCAGCUUCAUACACAACACCAAUCAUGAGUGGACAAGGACUUGCGGGAACCUUUGCCGCUUUCUCCAUGAUCUGUGCCAUCGCCAGUGGUUCUGCUUUGCAGGACAGUGCGUUUGGAUACUUCAUCACGGCCUGUGCUGUUAUAGCCCUUGCAAUCGCAUCAUAUGUUGCUCUUCCUAAACUGGCGUUCUUUCAGUACUACCAGGAGAGUAACCAGAACAAACCUUCUGAAGAUGAAGAAAACAAGAUGGAUUUGCUGAAAAAAGAUCAGAGCAAACAGGGUGUCAGUACUGCAGAGGAGGACAAGCAAGCACCUUCCUUCUUGGGCAUCUUUAAAAAGAUAUGGGUCAUGGCUCUCUCUGUGUGUUUUGCCUUCACGAUCACCAUUGGCACGUUUCCUGCUGUCACCGUUGACGUUAAAUCUACAAUCGCUGUUGGUGGAACUUGGGAAAAGUAUUUCAUACCUGUGUCUUGUUUCCUGUUCUUCAACGUUUUCGACUGGGCGGGCCGCAGUCUCACCGCAGUGUGUAUGUGGCCUGGUAAAGACAGCAAACUUCUUCCCGGUCUGUUAUUGGCCCGUGUGUUAUUCGUCCCUCUGUUUAUGCUGUGUAACGUUCAACCUCGGUACAAUCUGCCUGUCUACUUUACACACGAUGGCUGGUUCAUUGCCUUCAUGGUACUCUUUGCCUUUUCCAACGGAUAUCUGGCCAGUCUCUGCAUGUGUUUUGGACCCAAGAAAGUAGAUCCGAGUGAGGCGGAGACAGCUGGAGCAAUUAUGGCCUUCUUCCUGUCACUUGGCCUUGCUCUUGGAGCAUCUGUCUCGUUUCUGUUCCGUGGGCUCGUCUGAAGUCACUACGGACGUGCCGCACCCAGCCAUCCUCAAUGAACACCUCCGCAUUAAUGGACUGUGAAUGAAUUUAUAAAGCAUAACAGCUGUGUUCUCUUAAAAUAGACUAAAAGGCCAGAAAAGUCCUCGAUCCAGGAUACCUACCCUCAGGAUAAAACUCCAAACACGGACAGCCUGGCUGUUUGACUCAAGGGUUUGAGUGCCAGUUCGACACUAAGUCCAGGUGUACACGGAAUCUGAGCCCAGAAAAUUCUGCAUAAUCCUCCGCAGAAUUCGAAAGUUUUCAUUCACAAAGUUCUACACAUGUUUAGUUAUUACAUAUUUUGGCUAAUUUGAUAAUGCUUUCAGAUAUCAAAAAUGUUGUACUCUCACCGCUCUCAGCUAUUUAACACAUUUUACCAUGUUUAAAUCCAUCCCGCAGAAUUCAGCAGACAUGACUAACAUUGAAAUACAUGCACUUAUGAUAAUGCUUUCUUGAAUCACACUUUUGUUUAGUCUAUUCUUUAUAGAAAAAAAUAUUGUAGCAGUUUAUCGUCUUUUAUAAUCAUUAAAUGGACAUUUGCAUUUUGUAACAGUUAACAUGAAGGUGAAAUGCAUUCUGAUGUAAUAGCAUAUACAUUUAUAAAACAUCAAGAAGUUUUUCUGUUUGAAGUGUAACACAUAGGAAAAACCAGCUCUACCUCACCCAGGUGACUUUUGCCAUAUUGAAUCUUUCUUGACAUUUACGCUACAAUAAAUGUUCUCUAGAAGAUGAGAACCAAAGUGCCCUGUUAAUAAAAAGCUGUUGUUUA